AAAUGACUUAUUAGUUUAAGUCUAACAUGUAUUUUGACGCAUAUAUGUUACAUUUAAAGGACGAAAGGAAGUGAAUUGUGUGGAGAUACUCACCCACCGCCUGGAAAGUCCCGAUGAAAAGCAGAAAGUGAAACAGUGAAGAAGGGCGCGCAGCUCUUCUGCCAAAGUUCACUGCUUUCACUUUCUUCCACACGAUAACUGAAUACCCGAGUCAUUCCCUGACCUGCAGCCCAUUCUGCGUCAACACUCCUUCAUGGCUACACUCGACAACAGCGUCGGGAAACAAAGUCGCCGUUUCACUUCUUAGGAAUCAAAAGUGAAAGUAAAGCAGAGCACCGGGCUUCGGGGCAGCAACGAUGGCCGAAGCGUAUUCUUAUGCUCUGCUCGUCGAGCUCGAAGAAAAUAACGUGCCGAAAUUAAAAAACAAAUUAGUGAAGUACUUUCAAAGUAAGAAAUCUAACGGUGGCGACUGUGAAGUUGACUAUGAAAACGGCAGCAGGACAGCUGUGCUGCGCUUCCGCAGAAAGGAGGAUCAGCAGAAUGUUUUGGCGAAAGAGACGCAUCAGGUCAGUUUGGAUAAAGGCGUGUUGAAGAUGACCGUUCGCUUACAUACAGACGCGGCACCGCAGGAGGCUCCAGCUGAGAAACUCAACAGGACCCCGGAUGUCGCUGUGAACGAGAGGCAGUCGAGCACUGAACGCACACCUGUUGCCGAAGUUCCGACAGAGGCGAUAGGCAGAGACGAUGAGACAGCAGAGGAAGAGCUCUGCUCCACUUCGGCUGUUUUAGGAAAGAUUCCGGAGACGUUAAACCUGGAGUUUUUGGAGAUGCUGGUGGAGAACAUUUUAAAGGAUCCUGAUGCUCCAGCUACCUCCCAAAGCUUCCAUUUGGAAGUCAUUCCUGGCACCUCCUCUGUUGUGGUGACUUUCCAGAGUGGAAAAGAAAACACAGAUUUCGUGACAAGAUGUCCCCAAAACAGGCCGUUUACAAAGAAGGGACUAACAGUGCGGCCCCUUGAAGUCACAGAGCAAGUUUUGGUUGAAGACAUUGGAGAUUUUAGUGAAGAGCUCCUCCGCCUUUUUUUUGAAAAUGCAGGUGGGGAUGUGGAAAAUGUCGAUCUCAAUGAAUUGGAACAGUCUGGCAUCAUCACCUUUAAAGACCACAAAGCUGUUAAGAAGAUCACGACAAAGAAGCAAUUCAUCAAAAAGAAAGAGAUCAGAGUUUAUCCUUUUUAUAAAUCUUUGGGAACAGCCCUGUAUGGCAAAGACACGCCUUCACUCAAACUCCCUGCUGCAAUCUCUGAACCCAUUGAUGAUGCUGUCUGGAGAUACCUAAAUGACCACCAAUCAGCAGCACAGAUCAUUCGUAAUGACUUGGUAAAACACUUCUGUAACGUAAACCUCGACCAGUCUACUGUGCGCUUGAGCCCUGCGUCUUCACUACUCCAGCAAAAACAUGCCAAAGCCCUCGUCAAAGAGUGGAAGGACACUGUGAAGGCAGCCUUUGCACAAGCUCUGUCCAAAUUCAAAUCCCUGAAGCUUCAGCCAGAGUCGGACUCAUGGGAGGAGUCUGAGAAGAAGAUCAGACAGGCGCUACUGAAUGAGGAUGUGGUUGUAGUGCCUGAUAAAGCUAGUGGUGUCUUAUCAGUGGCUGGCGUUGUGGCUGAUAUCAACAGACUAGAGAAAACUCUGUGUGAAGUCAUAAACAAGAUUGUCAAAAGGGUGCAGAGGGAGAAAUCAAGUGUAACCCAAGAAAUUAAAGUGCGAGCGUCUAUUUACCACCUCCUGUGUAAAGAUGGUCUUCAGGACAAACUGCUAAGUGUGUACCCAGAACUUAAAAUAUCAAUUCGGAAAGAGAGUUCAGAUUUGAUAGUGACUGGCUUAAGGGAUGAGAUCAUGGCAGCAAACAAAGUUAUAUUUGAUGCAAUGCUUGCAUUAAAACGUCAGAAUUUAGAAAUAGAUAACUUUGUGCUUGACAUGUUAAAGGAUGAACAUCAGGAGGAGCUUACAGAGGCUCUCCUCACAUCCUAUGGAAUAAAUGCAGCAUUUGAGAUCAGUGCACACAGGGUGCAGCUCCUUGCUGUUUCUGACAGAGAUCUGAAUGAUGCUGAAGACCAUCUGGGUAGGCUGCUAAUAUCCCGAUACAUUGAUGUUGAAGACUGUAACGUCUUGAAGAAGCCAGAGUGGCAGGCCCUAAUCAUUCAGUUGGAGAAGACCAACAAUAAGCCAUGCAUGAGAAUUCAAAUCCGCACCACUGGUCAACAGGUCGUGGUGUCUGGCCACGAGGAUAGUGUCGUAAGAGUUAGCAGUGAACUUGAGGACUUCUUAACGCAGAAUGCUCAAGUUGAAGAAACCAUUGUGGUCAAGCCCAACACCAUAGUUGAAUACAUUAAAAAACUUGACACAUCUGGCUUGGAGCAGGUGGAAGACAAAGUGGAGGUGUCUUACAGAACGGAGGCUAUCUGUCUAAGUGGUUCUAGAGUUGAUGUCACAGAUUGCAAGACUGUGGUUGAAAACUUGGUGUCUUCUGUGUUCUUUGAAAGUUUAAAAGUCUCUAAGCCUGGCGUGAAGCAGCUCUUCCAGGCUAAAGAAGGAAUGUAUUUCCCUUUAAUCUUGGCUGAAACCGGCUGCCUGGUGCAGCUGGUUGAUGAGACUAGUGGUGGACAGGGCAACUUGGCCAACAGAGCACCAAAACCUGUAUACCAGCUUCAGACAUCUGAUGGAGUGGAAAUAGCUGUUUGCGAGGCAGAUCUGUGCAGCUACCCGGUGCAUGCAGUUGUCAAUGCUGCUAAUCAGGACUUGGACCUUAAUGGAGGUCUUUCAGGAGCACUUCUUAAUGCUGCUGGCCCUCAGUUGCAGGAUGCAUGUGACAAACAAAUUAAUUUGAAAGGACAGCUCAGGCCUGGAGACUGUGUCAUAACUGAUGCGGGUGGGCAGCUUUGCUGUAAAAGUGUCAUCCAUGCAGUGGGACCCAAGUUUGAUUCAGCUAACCCCCAGAAGGCUCAGGCGCAGUUGAAAAGAGCUGUUAAAGGAAGCUUAGAACUUGCUGAAAAGCACGGCUGCAUCUCUGUGGCUCUGCCCGCCAUCAGCAGGACACAAGGCUUUCCUCUCAAUUUGUGUGCAGCCACUAUCAUCAAAGCAGUGAAGGAACACUGUGAUGACAAGUAUGGUGACAACACCCUGAAGAAGAUCCAUUUGGUGAACAACGAUGACCGUGCUGUCCAGGCUAUCGAGGCAGCUGUCAGACAAGAAUUUGGAAAUAUUGGUGUCAGUCAUUCUCAACAAACUCCCCCUAACAAAGCCACCAAGUCUCCACUUGGGAAACAUGCUGCAUCUGCUGGAUCUGACCCAAACUGCUUGGGUCAAGUGCUUACCAAAGAAGGCGUGGGCAUCACUCUUAUGAAAGGAAAUAUUGAGAAUGCCACGACGGAGGUGAUCGUGAAUACGGUGUUUGAAGAUCUUACACUGAACAAAGGGGCAGUUUCAAAUGCCAUCUUGCGUGUGGCGGGACCUGAACUUCAGCAGCUGGUAAAAGCAAAAAAUGCAAGUGGAAAUGUCGGUGAGAUCAUCGUUACCAAUGGCUGCAACCUGAAGAGCAAACAAGUCUUUCAUGCAGUUGCACCUCACUACAAAGGACAAGGCACAGCUGAAAAGAUCUUGAGUGACAUUUUCAAGGGUUGCUUGGACAAGGCAGAGGAGAGUGGUCUGACUUCCAUAACCUUCCCUGCCAUCGGAACAGGGAACCUGGGUUUUCCGAAAAACGUCGUCGCCUCAUUGAUGUUGGAAGAAAUCUUAGCAUUUAGCAGUAAGAAACAACCUAAGCACCUGAAGAAGGUUGUGAUCAUCAUUUACUCAGGAGAUGCACCGACUAUCCAGGUUUUUUCCGAUGAAUUCAAGAAGAUGUUCCCCAAUGCCUCAGGUGGUCCUGUGCCUGCAAGUUCCUCACAAAGUCAAGGUCCCUUCUCUAAAGUGGUCUCGGCCUCAGGAAUGCAUGAGACCAAAAUGGGAAAUGUGGCUAUCCAGGUGGUCACAGGAGACAUAACCAAGGAGACCACUGAUGUCAUCGUCAACUCCUCUAAUGAAGAUUUCUCUCUUAAGUCAGGAGUAUCGAAGGCUAUUCUGGAAGCAGCUGGUCAGACUGUUGAAGCAGAAUGCCAAACCCUUGGGGCCCAGUCUAAACCAGACAUGAUAAUGACCCAGCCAGGCAAUCUCAAGUGUAAGAAGAUCCUCCACCUAGUUGGACAGACAGACCCAAUAAAAAUCAACAAGGUUGUGAAACAAGCACUCAAAAAGUGUGUGAAAAACUCAUACACUUCUGUCUCAUUUCCCGCCAUUGGCACAGGUCAAGGAAAUGUACAGGCAGUGCAGGUGGCAGAUGCCAUGUUGGACGCAGUGAUUGAUGUGUUGAGCCAAAAUACUGCCAGUACCCUGAAGACAAUCCGGAUAGUUAUUUUUCAGCCACCGAUGCUAAAAGAGUUCUACAACAGUAUGCAUCAAAGACAAGCCACAGACCCUAAAGAUAAAGAUAAAGGAGGCUUCUGGGGGAACAUCGGCUCCAAAAUUAAGUCAAUAUUUAUUAGUGACAGUGGUGACAAGCCCCAGAAAGAAGGGGAUUUUGUCAUUGAGCCUCUGAAAGUGGACCCCGUUUGCUUCCACAUCUGCGGUGAGUCACAGACUAGAGUAGACUCAGCCAAGCAGCGGAUCAACGACCUGAUAUCCAACGAGUGCAGCAGCCACUGCAUUACAGACGACGACAUCCUUAGCUUGUCUGAUGCAGAUCACCAGCACAUUGCUGACAUCCAGAAGACCAUGGGCGUGAGCAUAAGGAUUGAGAGCAAGAAGGACAGAGUCUCAGUGACCAUCGAGGGGCUCAGCAAAGAUCUGCUGAAAGCCAGCAAGGAGAUCCAUGAGAUGGUGAGGAUUGCUAGAGAUGGCGAGGAGCUGAAGAAGAAAGUGGAGCUGGCGGGCACAGUGGCAGAAUGGCAGUUCAUGCUGCAGGGGCUCCCGUUUCAGAGUUUUGAUUCAAUGUCCAACUUCAAUCUUGAGCAAGCAUUGGAAAAGAAGCUACCAAAUGUAAAAGUUACAAUCAAGGGUCAAAACUACACAGUCACCAUGCCAAGUGGACCUGCCACGGAUAGCCAGGGACGUACCCUAGAGAUAAAGCGCAUUGACAAUCUGAAAGAUGAAGACAUCCCUGAGGCGUGGGAUACCAUGCCAGCCAACACCUCUAGCAAGGCCUUCCCCCUCGCAGCUGGGACAACAGAGUACACUGAAGUGCAGAAUCUCUUCCGGGCCACGUGUCCACAGACCAUUAUUAAGAUUGAGCGGAUCCAGAACCCUGUGUUGUGGAAGAGCCUGCAGAUCAAGAAGCGUGAAUUGGAGCAGAGAAACCGUCAUCUGAACAACGAGAAACGACUCUUCCAUGGGACCUGCCACAACUCUGUGGCCGACAUCAACGAAUACGGCUUCAACAGGAGUUACGCAGGAAGGAACGCUGCUUAUUAUGGCAACGGCACAUACUUUGCUGUCAAUGCUAGUUACUCUGCCCAUAACACCUACUCCAAGCCAAACCAAAAUGGGGAGAAGUGCAUGUACCUCUGUCGAGUGCUAACGGGGGAUUACACCACUGGACAACAAAACAUGAUCGUACCGCCACAAAAGGACACCGGUCAGAAGUACGACAGUGUCGUGGACAACGUGGCCAAACCCAGCAUAUUCGUUAUCUUCCAUGACAGCCACGCUUACCCUGAAUAUUUGAUCACAUUCAAGUGACACAGCCAGAUACUCAGAUAUCACAAAAAAAAACAUUACAUUUGACCCUGCCUUACAACAAUAGAUAACGCUUUCAUUAUGUUUUUUUUUAAGACGGGGAGUUUUUUAAGACAACUUACAAUGAGUGCAAUAAUAUGAGCUGUAAUUGUCUUGCUUACAAGUGACCUGUAAUUAUCACAGUCACAGGGUCAGUUAUGGAAGUAUAUAGACCCAUACAGUGCCUUUUGAAAACAUAUCUGUAAACAUACAUUAUAGAGUCAUCAUGCCAGAAUUAAUCAAAGCUUGAAAAAGGAAAGGAGAGGGUUGUUGAAACAAAUUUUUGCCUACAUGUUGUGCACUGUGUCAUUGCACUGAACAUUGUACUCAGAGUUGAUAGAAAGUACCUGAUCUGUUCCAGGAAGUCAUAAAGAAUAAAGGCUUGUUUGUGUAUGCAUGGAUUAAUCAGGUUAACAACCAGUUUUGGUUUUGAAAUGAACACUGAAAGUUCACUGCUGUUUCAGUAAACAGGUCUGCACAAAAUAAAUGUUCAAAUCUCUA